GCCAGGGAGUCCACAUGGCAAAGCAGCUUCAAAACCGCCGCGACAUCAUGGUGGACCGUUGCUGGAGCCUGGCACCGCUGUCGGCGUUGUCCGCCCUGCUCGCCAUGCUGAUAUCGAAGAACGGGGCGCUCUUCUACGUGGCCUUCAUCGACCAGUUCGGGGUGAGCCACCAGAGCGCCAGCUGGCCCCUCACGCUCAACAUGGUGAUGGCGCACGUGGCCGGUUUGCUGGUCACGUUGCUGCAGGAGAGGUUCACCAUUUACCAAAUCGCGGUGUCUGGAAGCCUCCUGAACUUUGCGGCGCUAGUGGCGUCGGCUUUCGUGCCGGACAUGACGUGGAUGUGCUUUACUCUGGGCUUCAUAAGCGGUUUAGCGGUAGGCAUGAUCAUGCUCUCCCUAUCAAUAUACAACAUGCUGUACUUCGACAAGUACCGGGCCACCGCUAGCGGCUUCAAGUACACCGGCAUGACGUUGGCGCCACUCGCUUUUCCACUGGUUCUCUCGGCGCUCGUCAGAGAGUACGGUCUCCAUGGUGCCCUGCUCUUACUUUCGGCAAUCACGGUUAACACCCUCCCCAUCGCCAUGCUCAUGAACAAACCCCGACCAGUUACCUUAUGCUGCGGACGACGUAACGUCGAACCUGCAGAGGGAAACCGCAACAGCUGCGAUAAAGGAAGCCACUGUGCAGUAGUCACGAAAGGCACAGCAAUGGCCGCUCUUUCAAAAUGCGCAAGCAAGGGCGGUGACAUGUUCUCAGGGGAUUUUCGGAAAGAGCAGAGCAACUUGUCCAAUGGUUUCGUAUUACGUGCUCAGAAUAACAAUACUUCUGACUCGAUGUGUACAAGAGGCUGCACAGUGAAUGGCGUAAAAGACGUCGUUCGCACGAAGGGUGAGAUCCGCCAUGAAAAUGGCGUCACAUGCUAUCCAGGUAAAUACGGCCCUGAAAGCGCCAUUGAUAUGAAGUUGCCAAAGUCGGAAGCGCGCGCACAGAUGCACGCAACGAGGAGCUGCGAAGAAGGGUGCAAGUCAUCUAAAGUGGCUCAAGGUGAAACUUGCCUCGAAGCGAAGGCAUCGGGCAGCGUCUGGAACAGCAUCUUGAUGCUUCUUCGAAACCCAGUCCUCUACGUUCUCGUGAUCACAUUCACCGUCGGCGAGUACACUACAAUCACUUUUGAGACGACAGUCCUCGACUACGCCGCCGACAGAGGUGCCACGAGACGUCAAGCCGAGCCCAUGAUCACGUACGUGGCUACGGCUGAAAUGCUGGGACGGCUCGUGAUACCGUUCUUCUGGGAUCGUGCCCGGCUCAGCCGAUACCUCCUGGUGGCGCUGUGCCUGCUGGUGGAAGCUUUCUGUCUGAUCGGCAUGCCGCACGCUACGUCUUUUUCCCAAGUCGUGGCGACUGCCGUGGUCACGGGCAUUCCUGCGGGCUGUAUAGUGGCCUUGAAGCCCGUGGUGCUGAGCGACCACUUCGGCGUAGAGAGAUUGGCUGUGUGCUGGGGGAUUGCCGGUAUCGCCAUGCUGCCUGUGGCUUUCGGCGGACCGCUGCUCAUAGGCGUGUUUCGUGACACGUUGGGGUCGUACGAGAAUCUGUACCGCAUGCUGUCCGCAAUGUGCGUCACCUGCGCCGUCGCGUUCUUCGUCUUGGACUUCCGGCGGACUCGAUCCCGGAGCCGGCGGAACCUGGCCCAGGGGUCGCCGUGUGCACCUCCGCGAUUUCGCGCUCGAUCGUUCGACUCCGAAGUGGACGUCAGGGACAUUUAUUGACUGCACAAGGACAUUAGUGUCGUCGGUACCAGAGCCCUAGAAGAAAGGCUCGUGGUAUAUAUCGCUCUGCACUGCCACGACGAGACGUGCUCAUCAAUAUCACAAUGUCACUAUUAGUGAAUUGUCAGAAUAGAUUUGCGAACGUAUAUGUAUAUAUAAAAAAAGCUAACGAGCUAGUUUGUCAAUAUGUGAUAUUUGAAGUGAUAUGCGCCGUAUUAGAAGGUCAUGGUGUAUGGUUUUGCAUUACAUCAUAACUUGCGCUUUUCUGAGCUGACCGACGCCUGAAGAAACUGCGUGAGAGACUGAUAUCAAUGCAUCAGUUAAAUGCGAUCAGAUUGUCGUUUUGCAUAACUGAUGAAAAUGUAGGAUAUGCUUACGAACUAAACUGAUUCGCAGACAACGGGCUUUAACGGUGUGCUAACAUUAAGUAAUCAAAUCCAUUACGCUGCCAAAACGCAAGCGCCGAGAUACUUGCGUUUCGCCGAAAUAAACACUUCAUUGUUUUCCGUGCACUGA